AUGCAAAUCUUUGACUACAAGGCUGAGGAAAUGCAACAGUGGGAGUCUAGUUACACACCCUCCUUACCAAUCACAGAGCAGCCUAAUCCAAUCACCAUAGACAUUGACAGAGCAAACCCUAAGGAAAUUGUACAAAUGCUAAAGAAAUGUGAUGCAGAGAUAUUUCAUAGAACAUUGCAUAAGGAUUCCAUUUAUCAGAAACUAAACAGCUAUUCUAUAGUACAGACGAUGGUGGAUGUUUCCAGGAGGGUGGAAACUAUUCUCAAGGAUCCAGAAGACAGUAUGAUCAUUCUGAGUGGCUGUGGGACCUCAGGCCGUAUUGCAUUUCUUUUGGCGACAUGCUUUAACAGAUGGCUUGCUGCUCUUCAUCAAAAAGAAAUAUGUUCUUACAUCAUUGCUGGGGGUGACAAAGCGCUGCUGACAUCGCAGGAGACUCCAGAGGACAGUCCCUCACUGGGAGCUUUAAUGCUGGAGAAGGCUUGUGCAGACAAGAAGCAAGUGCUCUUCAUUGGAAUAUCCUGUGGCUUGUCUGCUCCUUUUGUCGAAGGCCAGCUUAAUCUUUGCCUGAACAAAUUGGAUAUCUUCACUCCAGUACUGAUUGGCUUUAACCCCAUAUCCAUGGCAAGGACUGAACGUAUGCAAGACUGUCCAUGUCACUUCAAGGAGGUUGUGGAGAGAAUGAAUGAAAUGCAGAACCAACAAAAGGCCUAUUUGCUCAAUCCAGUAGUAGGGCCUGAGGCUCUUAGUGGCUCUUCCAGAAUGAAAGGAGGAAGUGCCACAAAAAUACUCCUGGAAACAAUUUUUUGGGCAGGAUGUGAAGCUCUUUACAGCAAGCAACCCAUAACACCUGAUGGUGUUUUGGCUUCAAUCAAAAUAAAUGAGAAAGUUCAUGAAAUCACAUACUCACAGAUUGAUAAGCUGGCAACCCUGGUUCAGCAAGCUGGAAUGAGUCUGCAAGAGGAAGGACGUGUAUGCUACCUUGGAUGGCACAGUCUUGGCAUUAUAGGAAUUAUUGAUGCUAGUGAAUGCAGUCCAACAUUUGGAGCAGCCUUUGAAGAUAUCAGAGGCUUUAUUAGCAAGGGCUUCAGUGAGAUGAAGAACAAAGAAGGAGACCUGUCACCUUUGGGACGACAUUUCAUUAUUGGCCACAAGGAUUUUGUGAACACAAUUCUACCGAGCCUCAGCAAUAAAGACAUGGUGAUCUUUCUCUUUACUGUGAAUGAUGACAUGAAUGAGGUUUCAGAGUUGGCCAGGUGUGUGAGGCAAAACACAUCAAACCUUCAUGCACUUACCCAUGAUCUUCAGGGACUCUGUGUUCCUGGAUACAUACAGGGCAUGUUUACAACCAUUCUGACCAUUACAUGGCCUUCAUCUUUACACGAGCAGAGUGCUGUCCGAAUGAAGCAGCACUGAGAGCUUUCUUCCAAAUGGUGCCUAAAUGCAAUCAGCACGGGUGCUCAUAUCCUAAAGGGGAAAGUGUACAGGAAUUAUAUGAUAGACCUCAGAGUAUCUAACAGCAAACUCUACAAAAGAGCCAUUCACAUGUUGCAGAGGUUCACAGGCAGUACCCAUACACAAUGUAAAAUGGCUCUGCUGAGAGCUAUCUAUGAUGUGGAGGUGCUGACUGAUGAGAUUAUCUUAGCAGAUGUCACACAUCACACACUUGUGGCUAUCAAAAAGGACAGGGUAGUUCCCACUGCUCUGGUGAUGCUGCAGUCUGGCUGUACACUUGCUGAGGCUAGAUCUCACCUAGGUGCUUUCCCUGUAAUUCGAAAUGCAGUGGCUGCUUGUCUGGGGUUGCUAUAA